UCUUGACGAAGCUUUCGACCGAAAAGUCAAGGAUAUAUAAGCAUAGGCAUACCCCGCCAUUGGAACAGAGCACCUCAUCUCACCUUGAAAGCACUUCCACUUGCGCUACAUCGUUACCAAAACCACUAUGGCUACCGACACCCCCGUUCAUUUCUUCGAUAUUACUUCAACUCUUCCCGGGCCUGCCAAGGCAUGGUCUGUUAAUACAUUCAAGACCCGGAUGGUCUUGAAUUUCAAGGGCAUCUUCUACACGCAAUCCUACAUUUCGUAUCCGGACAUUGCACCUCUACUUUCCCAUUACGGCGUCACCCCUCACGCCUCGGGAGCUCAGUAUACCCUCCCUGCCAUUUUGCACAAGCCCUCUGUGGAUACAAACACCCACGGUGUAUUGAUGGACUCCUUAGCGAUCGCCACGCAUCUAGACCAGGCCUUUCCAUCGCCGCCUCUAUUUCCUUCCCGCGAUGCCAGUUAUGCCCUUACCCUCGCAGUGAUUAAGCUUCUCAGCAACGUUACUGUAAAAGGUUACAACAUUUUGAUUCCUAAAGUCGCCGAAUUACUCGAUCCCAGAGGUCGGGAAUACUUUAUCAAGACUCGGUCUGCGAGGUUCGGGAAGCCUUUGUCGGAGGUGUACCCAAAGGAGAAGGGCGAGGAACGGGCGACAAUAGAAGCCACGAAGGCAGAAAUGGAACCUGUAGCGCAGAUGCUAAGAGGCAGGCUCGGAAAGACGGGGCCUUUCUUUGAGGGCGAGAAGCCAGGAUACGCGGAUAUUCUGGUCGUUUCCUUCCUAGCUUGGGUUGAAAAAACCCACCACGCGCUUUUCCAGGAACUUGUGGCUAUCGGAGAGGGUGAGGUGAAGGCACUCUGGGACGCAUGUUUGCCCUGGGUGGAAGGCCAGGGGGAAACUAGGGAAUGGGAUAUUCCCCAAUGAUUCGAUGGUCUGGUAGAACAGAUAGAUUUUGUCAGUGGUUCAAGUAAGAUUCCAAUUAUCGACGCCAAACCUGUGCGAAUAUGUAUAGCGCGCAGUGUUUGAAAUAUAGUGAAAAGAACAAUCCCA